AUGAGUACCAAAACAAUGCGUCCUCCCUCUCGCCGUGUGCCACUGCCACUGAACGGUGCUAAGCGCAAAGAGAGGGAUGAUGGUUGCCCAAGGCCCAAAUCUUCAUCCACAAUUACCAAAUUGUCCAAGUCAGAUAAGCUAAGAUCUGGAACUGAGUCCAGAGAAAAAAACCCAAACCCAGUCUCGGCGAACAUGCUCCUGGCUGGGUACUUGGCCCAUGAAUUUCUGAGCAAGGGAACACUAUUGGGCCGAAGAAUGGGCCAGUUGCGGAGCCUGGAAGAGGAGUCACAGCAGCAGAAGUACGAGAGGUAUGUGGAGCUAACCCUGUUGUUAAAGACAGAUGGGGCCCAGCUCUUCGACAUUGUAAACCCAAACCAAUUGGCCCACUUCUUAAAACUAUGA